AUGUUAUUUUGUUUUUUUUUCUUUUUUCUUUCUUUCUUUUCUUUCUUUCAAUCUUUUUUUAAAUUGUUCUUUUUUUUCAUUAAAUUUUUUUUUAUUUAUCUUCCUUUUUUUUUUUUUUUUUUUCUUCUUUUUUUUUUUUACUUUCUGCUCAUUUAUUUUUUAAAAAAUUUUUUUUUGGCUAUUUCUUCAUCUUUCAUUUUCUUUUCUAGUUUUUUCUUCUUCGUUGCUUUCUUCAUUUCUUCUUUCUUUUUUCGUUCUUCUUUGCCUCUGUUUCUGAUUCCAUUAUUUAUUUACUAUUAUUUUUCCUUUACUCCAUUUUUUUCUUUUCUGCCUUACUUUUUCUUUCUUCUUUUCCUUUCUUAUUUUCUUCCUUUUUCCUUCAUUCUUUGGGUCUUUCAUUCCUUACAUUUGUUUUAUUUCCUUGGUUUGAUUCUUUAUAAUUCUUCAGGAUUUUUUUUUUUUCUUUCUUUUUCAAAUGGAUUUCUUUUUUUUUUUUUUUUUUAUUUGAUUUCUUUUCUUUCACUUUUAAUUUUUUCAAUUCUUUCCUUCUUUAAAAAAUUCCUUCUUUUUUCUUUUCUUUAUUUUUUUUCUUUUUUAAAUCUGUCUUUCAAAAUUUUCUUUUUUCUUUUUUUCUUUUUUUUUUUUUUCCUUAUUCUUUUAUUUUUCUUUCACUGCAACAUGUUCUUAACUCUGAAAACGAUAAUUUUCUUCUUUUUUUUUUUCUCCCAAAUAAUUUUAAUAUUCCUUUCUUUUUUUCCUUACCUUCCUUCCUUCCUUAAACUCAUCCUUUUAUUUGAAUUUGUUUCUUCGUUUUAUUCUUUUCUUUUCUUUUCUUUCUUUUUUCUUUCUUUCUUUCUUUUACAUUCUCCUUUCCGUCUUUAUUUCUUUCGUCUUUUCUUUCAGUUUCCAUCUCCCUUUUCUUUCCCAUCUCCUUCCUCCACCAUUCCUUAUGUAAAUCCUUCAUUCCUUUCUUUCUUUCAUCAUCCCUUCCUCUUUUUCUGA